AUGGCGGUCCAAGACCCGACCUUCUGGAAACGCUUCAGCAUCGCAGUUCACCAAGAUGACGCCGCAAAGCAAGAGAUGGCCCAGCAUGCCGAGUUGAAGCAUUCGUACGUGAUAUCCCUCGCGGACAUGCCUUCGCCAACAAUAAUACGACCCACCUCGGAAGCCCACUUGCUUCGCUCGCACCCGCGACCACUCUCCCCUGCUGUUUUGUCACCCCACUCACCGACCACCACACAUGAGCCCUCGUCGCCCAGUUCAACCUCACAUAUCAAGCCCCUCAAGAAAGCAUAUACCCCCCAGAGCACUAAGAGUACCCCUUUUGCGCGUCACGGCAAUGGCUCGCAGCUGACGCUCGCGUUUUCGGGGCAGAUUCGUGGCUCGAAGGCCAGCGCCGGAAGCGGCGGCAUCGCGCGUGGGUUUGCUGGACCUUCUGGAUAUGCCUACUUCUGCUGGUCGGAGGCGCCGUCGCGGCAGUCUUGGUGUUAAGGUCGAAAGGUAUCAUCAAGAUAUGAGGAUCAGACGAGCGAAGGUCGGCUGCAUGUCAUGCAGGAACGUGGUCUGGGGAAAAAUGGAAGAGGCGCACCGACUAGCAAUCUGGUUGCUGGCCCAGGAAUCCCG